UAGUCUUUCGGGUGUAGUCGUCAAUGACGAAAGCGAAAUUUUUUGUUUACUGGGAAUAAAAUUAUUUGUUUUUAUUUAGUGCUGUGUACACAAUAAAACAAAUAUCUUUUACUUGUUUUCUAAUUUAAAUUACUAUCGAAUUAGUGCCAUUUAAUUAUUUUUUAUAUUAAAAUUUAUUAAAUUAAAUAAUUAUAAAUAAUUAUAAAAUUGAUCGUUAUGCCAAAUGUAACUUAUAUUAAAAUAAAUCAUUUACAAAAUACAUGGAGUUCAUUUACAAAUACGUCAGAUAUUGUUCCAAUAGCUACAAUCCGCUACAAAAAUAAUAGCGACUAUAUAAACAACAACGACAACAUUAAUAUACCGCAUAAUUUAACAUCAGAUGUGCUCUUACUUCUUGAAGAACAACAUAAAAAUGGUAGUCGCUUAUUCAAUGGUAGUUCAUUUGCUAUUGCUGUAGUUGUGUGUGCAUUUUUAACAUUACUAGUUGGUUGCUGUUGUGCAUGUAAUUGGUAUAAUCAAUAUCCGAAUUCUGCCGCUAAUAAUAUAAAGAAACGUCAGCGACAACGACAUCAACUAUUAAUAGAAAAUGGAAAUGUUAAUACUACUACUAGAAAUCAUAAUCGAAAUAACAGAAACAGUGCAAUUGCAGCUGUAUUAGUUGGAACGAUAAAUAGAAAUGAUGAAAAUAAUCAAAGAUUGAAUGAAAAUCAUAAUACAGAGGAUAACAUGACAAUAAGAAGCGACAAUAAUCAAAAUUUUAAUACAACAUUCAGAGAAUAUUUUCGAGAUCGAAAUAAUGAGAGAAACAGAAGAUUAAGAAAUAGCUUUAAUAGUAAUAACAGAUCAAAUAAUGAUGUAAAUGAAGGUCGACAAGAUCAUCAUGGUGAUCAAUCUCCAGAAAUUGUAAGACGUUAUGAUAUAGAUGUUGAAUCAUUACCAAGUUAUACAUUGGUAUCUGGUUUACCAACAUAUGAUGAUGCUUUAGAACAGUUCCGAAAACCUGGAAUUAUUAUAACAACACCAAAUAUUAUGAAAAUAUUUGAAAAUUAUAAACCAUCGGCUGAAUCGAAUCAAACAACUAAUACAGAAAAUAUUCAAUCAUCAAAAAUUAAUUCUGAAUUAGAAUCACCAGAGUCUGCAACUAAUCUACCAAAUCAAAAUUCUACAAAUGAAAAUUCAUCAACAUUACCAUCAUCAUCAACAUCAUCUUCUUCACCAUCAUUAUCAUUAUCACAUACAAAUAUACCAACAAUUAUGAUAACACCAAAUAUUAUUGAAUCUUCAUCAUCAUCAAAUUGUAAUAAUUUAAUUGGUGGUGGUAAUAAUGUUACACAAAUUAUAGAAUUGGGACCAGAUCAAUUAAAUUUAUUAAGUAAAAAACGAUUAUCAGUUCAAAUUGCAUUCAAUUCACAUCCAAUUAGUCGAAGUCAAAAUAAUUUAACACAUUUAAAAAAUUCAAUUAAUGGUAAAUUAAAUAUUCUUACCAAUAAUAAUAAUAAUGAUUUACCAUUAUUACAUGGACGUACACCAAGUUUAUCGGUACGUCAUUUAACAGAUCGUAGAUUAAGUGAUUCUGUAAGAAAUUCAUUAUAUAUUAAAAAUUCUAAAAGAAAUGUGCAACAUAGGGGUAGUUUAGGUUAAAAUUAUUUUGUAUAAGGAAGAUCGAUAUUUUCCUUAAUAUAUAUAUAUUUUUUUUUGCUCCUAAAUAUUAUAAAAAUUAGAAAUUAGUAUUAUAAAAUUUUUAUAAAAAGAAUAAAAAAACAAAAUGAAAUUAAUAUCAAAUUUGAGUCAGUAUUGUUUUAUUAAAUUUAUUAACUAACAAGAAACUAAAAACGAAUAUUUUAAUUGAAUGUUAAAUUUUAAAAAAUAAAAUUUUUAUUGUAACAUUAAAAUUUAAAAUUAGAAAACAAAGGAUGUGAAAAACGUGAAUAUUUUUUAUUUUUAAUAUUUUUUUAUUAUUUACUGAUAUUGAAAACGUUAUGUAAGCAUGCGAAUAUCAAACUUAUGUUAACAUUUUAUAUUUAGAUCGUAUAAAAAUUAAGGAAACAUAAAAAAAAGACAAUGUUA